AUCCCUUGGAUCGCCACUCUGUCGCUCAGGCGACCUGUACUUCCGGCCAGUCCCGACCGACCUGCCCGGGGAGUCGCCGACGGGCGCAGUGUGGGCCUGGGGUAGACCUACCUCUCGCAACCCGCGCUCCGCCGGACGCAUUCGCGGGCCCGGCCGGGACUACGCUUCCCAGAGGGCACUGCGGCAUCAGGCACGCCCACUUCCGGCGGCUGCGGGCUGCUUGGUUCCUGCGCGCCCUGCGUGGCUGUGAGCUCGGCGUCCGCUCUUGGCGUAGGGUAGGGGCGGGUUUACUGGCGGCCGGGCGUGCCGGGGCUGGGCGAGUGUGUGAGCCGGAUUGCGGAGACAUGCGGGGGGUAGCGAGUACGGCCGGGAGCUCUGGGGAGAGCAAGCUGGGGUUUCCGGCGCGUCGAGGCGCCCCCCGUACAAAGCCCGAAGCGGGCCUAAGCCGGACUGUGGCGACCCAGGCCGUUUCCGUCCGCCGCGGUCGGGGAAGGCCUCGCUCAGGGAACGGCCUCACCUCCAAGGGCCGGCGACGAGCGGUGACCACGGUGCCGCAGAACAGAGCUCUGUCUUGCAGCAACACUGCCCUUCCCCAGGAGAGGAGGCACAAGCAGGAGACAGCAGGGACAGGAAAUGAACCCCAAGCCAUGUCCCAGAGCUUGGUGACAUUUGGGGAUGUGGCUGUGGAUUUCUCCCAGGAGGAGUGGGAGCGGCUGAGCUCUGACCAACGGGACCUGUACAGGCGUGUGAUGCUGGAGAACUACAGGAACCUGGUGUCGCUGGGACUUUGCUUCUCUAAGCCCGACAUAAUCUCUUCAUUGGAACAAAGGAAAGAGCUCUGGAUGGCCAAGAGAGAGGUGACCAGAGGCCAGUGUCCAGACUGGAAGGCUGUGCCGGAGGGCGAGGAGUUACCUCCAAAGAAGGAUUUGUGUAGAGAAGAGUUGUCCGAGGCCGUGCUCAUGGGCAGACUGACUGGCUACAGUUUGGGGUGCUCCAUGCUAAGGGAACACUGGGAUUAUGAGGCUCUAUUUGAGAGGCAGCCGAGCUUGGUGACUAUCACGAAUAUGGCCAUAGACUUCUCCCAGCGGCUAGAACCAGCUAAGAGGAGCUUCUGUAAGAAUGUGAUGUGGGAGAGCCAUGACCUGGGGUCAGUAGGCCAACAAUCUGUACAUGAGACCCAGGAAUUAUUUCCAAAGCAGGAUUUAUUUGCUGAAGUGUUAACAGACAGAACUUUAAACACUAAUUUGGAGUGUUCCACUUUCAGAGAAAAUUGGGAUUCUGAGGGUGUGUUUGAAAGGAAGCUGGUAGGUCAGGAAACACAAUUCAGGCAAGAGACUGUCACUAAUAACAAAACCCUCUCUAAAGAAAGAGAGUGUACAUAUAACAAAUAUGGAAGAUGGUUCCCUUUGGAUGUUUCAGAAGAGAGCAUUCAUAAUCGUGAUUCAGUUAAGAGAAGUUUCCCCCAAAGUACAGUGGUAAUAAAACAUACAGGAAUCUAUUCAGGAAAAAAACUUUUCAAAUGUAAUGAAUGUAAGAAAACUUUUACUCAGAGCUCCUCCCUUACUGUUCAUCAGAGGAUUCAUACUGGAGAGAAACCCUAUAAAUGUAACGAUUGUGGAAAGGCUUUCAGCGAUGGCUCAUCCUUUGCUCGACAUCAGAGAUGUCAUACUGGCAAGAAGCCUUAUGAAUGUAUUGAAUGUGGGAAAGCCUUCAUACAGAACACAUCCCUUAUUCGACACUGGAGGUAUUAUCACACUGGGGAGAAACCCUUUGAUUGCGUUGACUGUGGGAAGGCCUUCAGUGAUCACAUAGGACUUAAUCAACAUAGGAGAAUCCAUACUGGAGAGAAACCUUACAAAUGUGAUGUAUGUGACAAAUCCUUUAGAUACGGCUCAUCCCUUACCGUCCAUCAAAGGAUUCAUACUGGAGAAAAACCAUAUGAAUGUGACGUUUGUAGAAAAGCCUUCAGCCAUCAUGCAUCACUAACUCAACAUCAAAGAGUACAUUCUGGAGAGAAGCCUUUUAAAUGUAAAGAAUGUGGGAAAGCUUUUAGGCAGAAUAUACACCUUGCUAGUCAUUUAAGAAUUCAUACUGGAGAAAAACCUUUUGAAUGUGGGGAAUGUGGCAAAUCCUUCAGCAUCAGUUCUCAGCUGGCCACUCAUCAGAGAAUUCAUACUGGAGAGAAGCCCUAUGAAUGUAAGAUUUGUAGUAAAGCAUUUACCCAGAAGGCUCACCUUGCACAGCAUCAGAAAACUCAUACGGGAGAGAAACCAUAUGAGUGUAAGGAAUGUGGGAAAGCUUUCAGCCAGACCACACACCUCAUUCAACAUCAGAGAGUUCAUACUGGAGAGAAACCCUAUAAAUGUACUGAAUGUGGGAAGGCCUUUGGUGAUAACUCAUCCUGCACUCAGCAUCAGAGGCUUCACACGGGCCAAAGGCCUUAUGAAUGUAUUGAAUGUGGGAAAGCAUUCAAGACAAAGUCAUCCCUUAUUUGUCACCGUAGAAGUCACACUGGAGAGAAACCUUAUGAGUGUAGUGCAUGUGGCAAAGCCUUUAGCCAUCGUCAGUCUCUUAGUGUACACCAGAGAAUCCAUUCUGGAAAGAAACCAUAUGAAUGCAAAGAAUGUAGGAAAACCUUCAUACAAAUUGGACACCUGAAUCAACAUAAAAGAGUCCAUACUGGAGAGAGGUCCUAUAACUAUAAGAAAAGUAGAAAAGUCUUCAGGCAAAGUACACACUUCACUCAUCAGCGAAUUCAUAAUGGAGAGUCUUCAACACGUUCCUCUUUACCUUCCACAUCAAGUCCUGUGGAUCUGUUUCCCAAAUUUCUCUGGAAUCCAUCCUCACUCUCAUCCUCAUAGUCUCAGUGUCAUUAUUUCACCUGACUACUCUAGUAGUUUAAAAACUGGUAUCCCUGCUCUUUUAUUUUCACCCUUUCCAAGUUUGUUUUUCACGUAGUAGUCAGAUUGAUUUAAGUGUAAAUUCACUCCUUAUGUAAAAACUUGCAUUGAGAUCCUUUUAACUGAUUAAUGCCUAAGAUGCUCUUAACACAGUCCUCAUCCAUGUUAAAUGUUGAGUAGUUUUAGCUCUUUUAAAAACAUUCUGGCACAUUGAAGCAUUACCAUAGUUAGCUUUGAGUAAUAAUGAUGCAUAGAACGGGGCACGGAGAAACCAGGUUUUAGAUCAGGAACUGGAGUUUCAAGGUAGUCAGUGAAGCUUUGCCUACAUUGGUUUAAAGCUUGAUUUCAUCAUGUCGAGUUAGUGUUCUGGCUUUCCAUCUAAUCUGCAUAAUGUAAGGUGACGAGACCUUGUUGGUUAGAAAGUGUGUAGAGAAAAUGGAUGAGUAGGCCAACUGGAACAAAGAAAUUUAAACGAUCAGAGAGAAAUGAAAGAUGGUGUGCAUAAAAUUAAAAUUACGUUAAUCAAGAUUUAGAAAUUUUGGCAAGAUUUGAUCUGUUUAGUCAUCUGGACUUAUGAAUGAAUUCUAUUAAACUUUCAAGGAAACAUUAACCUGAGGUACACUCAUCAAGAGAGUAGGGGUCAGCAAACUGAUUCAUGACCAAAUUCUCACUGUUUUUGCAUGGCCCAUGAUCUGAUUAAAACAAACAAACAAACAACAACAACAACCAAAAAAAAGAAAAAACACUUUAAAGGUUGAGCAAAUGAAGAGAACGAUGUUUUAGGACAACAUGAAUAUUAUGUGAAAUUUGAAUUUCAAUGUCUUCAAAUAAAGUUUUAUUGGCUCACAGCCACACUUCUUUGUUUACACAUUGCCUAUAGCUGCUUUCACUCUACAAGGGCAGAGUUGAGUACCUGCAGCAGAGACAAUGCGGCCUGCACAACCUCAAACUUUUACUAUCCUUUUACAGAAAAAGUUUGCCAACCCCUGCUAUAGCAGAGAAGAAUAUGCAAAAGGUUCUAAUUAUUUCUGUAAGAGUAAUAGAAAUCUCACAUCACCAACAAAAACUGUUGAGUGAUUUAUGAAUAGAAGUGAAAGGAAAUUAUUAAACCAGAUCGAAUAAUAGAAAAUGUCAGUUAAGAAGUAUAUUUUUCUAGGUGAAAUAAUACUAUUAAUAUGUAAUGUAAAUUUUCUUUCACAGCAGAGUCCCAGUAGGAUAUGUUUACUUUGACAGUUUUAGUUGAAACCAUAUGAGGAAAGAUAAUUUGACGAGCAUAGCAGGGUAUUUUGAAAUAGGUUUCUUUGCAUUUGAGAUUUUGGUAUAUAAAAAGACUGACUUUUAUUUGGGGGAAAUGAUGUUUUGAUAGUUGGUUAUCCACACUCCAAAACAAACAAAACAUUGACACCUUCCAGAGAAAUGCAAUACAAUUGUAUAUAAUACAGUUGGAUUUACUAAGUAAGACAUGGAGUCCUAGGAGACAUAAAGAAGAGAGUAAGUUGGCCUAUACAAGGAUUUAAAACUCUGGCAUGGUAAAAGGUGCUAAAAAGAUGUAAAAGACUAUUGACAGAAAAUAUAUACAACUUACGUGAAAAAAUGUCAGGAACAAAAUGCUAUUACAUAUACAAAAUAGUGGGAAAAAAUUGACAGUGCAUACCAACAGGCCUGUUACAGUUGAAGGAUUCAAAUGAAUAAUGAAAAUUUGUGAAGUUUUUAACCUCACUAACCAGAAAAUUACAAAUUAAAGCAAGUUUUCUUGGCUGUCAGAUGGAUUAAAACCUAAAGUUUAGGUAAUAUCCAGUACUGGUAUCAGUGCGGGAAAAUGAGCACUUCAUUAGCAGUGUAAACUUGUCUCAUACAUUUUUGAAAGGCAAUGUGGCACGAUCUGGCAACAUUAUAAAUGUGCAUUUCUUUUGAAACAGUAAUUCUAUGUCUAGGAAUUUUAUCUCUUUAGGUAGGUAGGUGUAAAUAAUGUUUAUUGCAGAAUUGUUUUAAUUAUGACAAAUAGGAGUUCAGCGUCCUGCCAAGCAGAUUGAAUUGUGAUUAUUCAGUACUGUGUUGUCCAGUCAGUAGAAAGAAGUUAAGCUGUGUACAUGCUUCCUUGGAAGAGUUGUCUAUCCACAGUAUAUUAAAUGAAAUACGUGAUUUGCAAAACUUUAUGUAUAAAAUGAUCUUGUAGUCAUAGUCAAAAUUAAUAUCUAAUAUGUAUAUUUUUGCAUGUAUGUAUAUGUGUGUGUAUGUGUAUAUAUAUAUUUUCAGAAUAUAUGUUGAAAUCUGUUUUUAUCUUUAACCAUACACACUUUCCUAGCUCUUGUUGGCACUUUCACUUUCUUCGUUCUGUAUUGUUCUGGGAAACUGCCAGUCGCGCGUGGCUCCAUUUAAGCCAAUUAGAUUUUUCGUUCUUUGUGUUUUGAUUGGAGUCACAGGGACAGGAGCAAAGUCAAUAUUUGGCUUUAUGUAUGGCCCUAAUGGGUGUUUACUUUCCAUCAGUAUUCACUUUGAUUCGUUGAGAUCCUUGUUGUACCAGCUAUUAAGUAUAUGGAAUGUCACUCCUGGACUGGAAGUAGUUGAAAUUGAAUCAUCCUUUGGCAGCAGCCUAAAGAUUUCUGCCUUUCUACCUAUCACUCUGAUCCAUUAAAAUGAUUUCUGCUUCCUCA